AUGCCUCUAUCACUACCCUUCCGUCCUAACAACUCACCUUCGCCGCCUUCUGGACCUCUUCCAACACUCCCAUUUGAGAUAGUACGAAGGAUCAUCUAUCAUCGAUUAUCGAUCCCACCUUCAUACCCUUUUCAUCUGGAAGAUCGAUACGAGCCAUCAUGGGACGCAUGGUCUGGUGUCAAAGGCAGAAUGGAAGCUACGAAACGGUUGGAAGAGCGAAAGGACGUCACAAGAACUGCGAGAGGUCUAAUGGGUGUGUGUAAAGCUUGGAAGCCAGUAGUGAUGAAAUACCUUUAUUCAUCGCCUUACUUGACCGAUAAUCUAUCUUGUUUAACAUCAUGUGUACUGGUAGGCGAUUCGAAAUGGUCAGAUAUAAACAUACAUCAAUUUUCAAUUCCAGGGAGAUAUAUAACUUUACUUGAUUUAUCAACCAUAUCAAACAAUAUACAUCCAACUGAAAUACUCAAAUCGAUAAGAUCUAUCUUUCCAAUAUUACCAAAUUUACAACAUCUCAGAUUACCUCCUUAUCAAGAAGGAGAAUUACCUUUUUCGUUAGAUGAGAUCUCUCAAUCGCCUUUUCGCAAAUCACUCAAAUGUCUAGAAGGCGUUCAUGUUGAUAUGGAUAUGAUGUCAAAUGGUCAAGAUGGAUUAAUCGAUUUACUAAGACAUCUACCAAAUUUAGAAGUACUUCACGUUCAUGGGGGGACGAUUCCCGAUAGUGAACAGAUUCUUUCAAACGAAGGUCCUUAUCCGCCAUUGAGAUUAGAUCAAUUACAUAGCAUAAAGUUGGAAGAUGUCAAGUCUGGAGAUCUACUAUCGACUUUAUUAGAAUCUGAAUUACCUUCUUUGAAUAGAUUAUCAGUCACUAAUUAUUAUAACCAAUCUGGAGACGCGACAUACAAGUUUCAAGAGAUCCAUGGGUAUAAAAUUAGAUCAUUAACUUAUUUACAAGGUAAAUCAUGGCCUUGGUUCUUACCAAGUGAAAUAUCAUCCACAACGCCUUGUGAAAAGAUAUUAGAAUUACAUCCAAAUUUAAUCCAUCUAUCUUUCUUGUUACCUGAUUAUAACCAACUAGAUAGGUUUCUAUCGACACUGCGUGAAUCACCUAAUCAUCCUCUUCAAGUAUUAACCAUUUUCAAAUGGGUAGAACCGCCUCCCAUUGUCCCCUCGACCCCUUCUCCAAUACCAUCAAUCACUACAAGUGGGAAAGAUACGAAUAAAUUGUUACGCGAGAUAGCGGAUAAUCCUCCAAAGAACCUGAAAAGGAUCAAUAUAGAUGGGUUCAGAUGGGUCAAAAUUGAAUUGGGCAAAAUUGCUAUGAACGCUGGCACAUCAGGUGAAAUGAGAUUAUUAGCGGGUCUGCUGCAGAAAAGAGGGAUAGAAUUAGGUGAUAUGGAUGGGAAUCUUGCUCCUUCUCCUUCAAUCAAUACAACCUCGUCUGGAUCAGGGGAAAGAGCUUAUGGACCGAUGACGGGUGGAAGAAGACGAUCGUCGGGUGGGAUGACUAUGGUCAGGAUGAAUAUCGGUAUGAGCGGGAAUGCAGCUAAGGAAAGUGGAAGAGAGGAUGAAGAUGGUGGAUAG